CACAAAGGGAGUCCACAAACUGAACUUGUGGCUAUCGUCCCUUAAACCUGCAUUCUCGUCCACUCUCGCACAUACACUUCCUUAAAUUGCCCUCUCUAUCUCUAUCUCUAUCUCUAUCUCUCUCUCUCUCAACGCUUUACUAGCUAACUUUGAGAGAGAGACUCUUUAAUUAAUUUGUCAACCUUCCAUGGCCGCCACCAGAAUUUCCUUUACUUCCAGUUCACAAACCAUUUAUUUCCGUCACAGCCCAUUUCUUGGCCCAAAUCCGGUUUUCCCAAUCUCUUCCUUUUCUCGUAAUCUUGGCACAAUUCUCAGGUCUAGAAGAAAACCCAGUUUCACAGUUUGCUUUGUUCUGGGGGAUGAAAAGUUGAAUACUCAAUUUGACAAGUUGAAUGCUCAAUUAGAGACUGGGACAGAGGAGAUUGAAUUGAAAAUUGAGGAGCAGAUCUCAGCGACGCGUUUAGCGGAAAAAUUGGCUAGGAAAAAAUCGGAGAGGUUUACUUAUCUUUUGGCUGCGGUUAUGUCUAGUUUUGGGAUUACUUCCUUGGCUAUUAUGGCCGUCUAUUACAGAUUUUCGUGGCAAAUGGAGGGUGGAGAAAUGCCUUUAACUGAAAUGUUUGGUACAUUUGCUCUCUCAGUUGGUGCUGCUGUAGGAAUGGAGUUUUGGGCAAGGUGGGCUCAUAGAGCGCUUUGGCACGAUUCUCUUUGGCACAUGCACGAGUCACACCACAAACCAAGAGAAGGACCUUUCGAGAUGAACGAUGUGUUUGCCAUAGUCAACGCCGUUCCAGCAAUAGCCCUCCUCAACUAUGGUUUCUUCCAUAAAGGCCUCAUUCCUGGCCUCUGCUUCGGCGCUGGGCUAGGGAUCACAGUAUUUGGGAUGGCUUACAUGUUCGUUCACGAUGGUUUGGUUCACAAGAGAUUCCCCGUCGGACCUGUAGCCAAUGUACCUUAUUUAAGGAAGGUGGCCGCAGCUCAUUCGCUCCAUCACUCAGAGAAGUUCAAUGGUGUCCCAUAUGGUUUGUUCUUAGGACCAAAGGAAUUGGAAGAAGUAGGGGGGAUUGAAGAAUUGGAAAAGGAAGUGAACCGAAGGAUAAAACUUUCAAGGGGAUCAUGAAUGAUUGACCAUCUUCGUGGGGAAAUUUUUUGAUGUAUUGAAUAGAGAAAAUGCAGCUUUAUUGAUCAUGAAAUGAAAUUUGUAUUUACUUAGGCUCUUAUUCACUAAGAUGAUAAUAGAGAUAUAUUAGAAAUUAUUACAUGUGCCAAGUCUUGGAGGCUAAGAAGAAAAGCUAAUAAUUGAAUGUCCUCUGGCUCUCUUUUUGUUUUUUUUUGGCACGGCAGAAGAAUGAUAUUUGGAAAAUGUAAAAUA